CCUCUCCAGUGACACACAGCAUUGUUUUCAGGGUCCUGUGAGAGGGAGUGUUCUGCUCUCUCAUGAGCUGAGGGAAAGCCAGAGCUGCUUCCCCUUCCCUCCUGAGAAGGUGCAGGCUGACUGGACUUAGUUCAUGGUGUGUCCCAUCAUCUCCUCCACACAAAGGCAUAGUUACUGCCUGGCCACUGCAGGUCCCCUAGACUCCAGAUCCUGAGCGCUGGGAUCCCCCAGAAAGCCCUCUGGCCUUUCAGCCCUGUGCCAGCCCCCGGCUGACCUGAGUUCCCUUGGUCCCACCUGGCCUCCGAAAUGUUGCCACCUCUGUCUUCCCUCCUCCUUCUCCUGGCCCUAGGCUUGAGGCUGGCCAGAACACUCAACUCCAAUGAUCCCAACGCCUGCACCUUCUGGGAAAGCUUCACUACCACCACCAAGGAGUCCCACACCCGUCCCGUCAGCCUGCUCCCCAAGGAGUCCUGCGACAGGCCCUGGGAGGGCCCUCAGGCCUGCCCCCGGCCCACGUGAGUGCCUGCCCCUCAUGGGCAGGGUUGUCUAUCGGACUGUGUACCGUCAGGUGGUGAAGAUGGACUACCGCCCUCGACUGCAGUGCUGCCAGGGCUUCUAUGAGAGCAGCGGGGCCUGUGUCCCACUCUGUGCCCAGGAAUGUGUCCAUGGCCGGUGUGUGGCGCCCAAUGAGUGCCAGUGUGUGCCAGGCUGGCGGGGCAGCGACUGCUCCAGUGAGUGCGCCCCAGGAAUGUGGGGGCUGACGUGUGACAAGCCCUGCCUCUGUGGCAACAGCAGCUCCUGUGACCCCAAGAGUGGAGUGUGUGCUUGCCCCGCUGGCCUGCAGCCUCCAAACUGCCUUCAGCCCUGCUCCCCUGGGCAGUACGGGCCCGCCUGCCAAUUCAGCUGCCAGUGUCAUGGGGCCCCCUGUGAUCCCCAGACUGGGGCCUGCUCCUGCCCCCCAGGAAGAACGGGGCCCAGUUGUGAUGUGACCUGUCUACCGGGCACUGUUGGCUUAUUUUGCCCCAGCACUUCUCCUUGUCAAAAUGGGGGUGUCUUCCUGCUCUCCCAAGGCUCCUGCAGCUGCCCUCCAGGCUGGAUGGGCACCAUUUGUUCCCUGCCCUGCCCAGAGGGCUUCUACGGACCCAACUGCUCCCAGGAAUGUCACUGCCACAACGGCGGCCUCUGCGACAGAUUCUCUGGGCAGUGUCACUGCGCCCCAGGUUUCACCGGGGAUAGAUGCCGUGAGGAGUGCCCGGUGGGCCGCUUCGGGCAAGACUGUGCCGAGAUCUGCGAUUGUGCCCUGGGCGCCCGCUGCUUCCCCGCCAACGGCGCGUGUCUGUGCGAACACGGCUUCACCGGAGACCGCUGCGCCGAGCGCCUCUGCCCCGACGGCCUCUACGGCCUCAACUGCCAGACGCCCUGCACCUGCGACGCGGAGCACAGCCUCAGCUGCCACCCGAUGCACGGCGAGUGCUCGUGCCGGCCGGGCUGGGCCGGCCUCCACUGCAACGAGAGCUGCCCGCAGGACACGCACGGGCCCGGCUGCCAGGAGUACUGCCUCUGCCUGCACGGCGGCGUCUGCCUGGCCGACAGCGGCCUCUGCCGGUGCCCGCCCGGCUACACGGGUCCUCACUGCGCUAGCCUCUGUCCCCCCGACACUUACGGGGUCAACUGCUCAGCCCGCUGCUCGUGCGAAAAUGCCAUCGCCUGCUCCCCCAUCGACGGCGCGUGCGUCUGCAAGGAAGGUUGGCAGCGUGGUAACUGCUCUGUGCCCUGCCCACCUGGAACUUGGGGCUUUGGUUGCAACGCCAGCUGCCAGUGUGUCAACGAGGGAGUCUGUAGUCCCCAAACUGGAGUGUGUACCUGCACUCCUGGGUGGCAUGGUGCCCACUGCCAGCUACCCUGUCCGAAGGGACAGUUCGGCAAAGGUUGUGCCAGCCCUUGUGACUGUGACCAUGCUGACAGCUGUGACCCUGUUCGUGGACAUUGCCAAUGCCAGGCUGGCUGGAUGGGCACCCGCUGCCACCUGCCCUGCCCUGAGGGAUUCUGGGGAGCCAACUGUAGCAACACCUGUACUUGCAAGAAUGGGGGCACCUGCAUCCCUGAGAAUGGCAACUGCGUGUGUGUACCCGGCUUCCGAGGCCCUUCCUGCCAGAGAUCCUGCCAGCCUGGCCGCUACGGAAAACGCUGUGUACCCUGCAAAUGCAACAACCACUCCUCCUGCCACCCGUCGAAUGGGACCUGUUACUGCCUGGAUGGCUGGAUAGGCCCUGACUGCUCCCAACCAUGCCCUUUGGGCCACUGGGGGGCCAACUGUGCCCAGCUCUGCCAGUGCCACCAUGGUGGGACCUGCCACCCCCAGGAUGGGAGCUGUAUCUGCACCCCAGGCUGGACAGGACGCCACUGCAUGGAAGGCUGUCCAUCAGGGAUGUUCGGUGCCAACUGUUCCCAGUCUUGCCAGUGUGGUCCUGGAGAGAAGUGCCACCCAGAGACAGGGGCCUGUGUAUGUCCCCCGGGGUACAGUGGAGCACCCUGCAGGAUUGGAAGCCUGGAGCCCUUUACCAUGAUGCCUACUUCUCCAGUGGCCUAUAACUCGCUGGGUGCAGUGAUUGGCAUUGCGGUACUGGGGUCUCUUGUGGUAGCCCUGGUAGCGCUGUUUAUUGGUUACCGCCAUUGGCAAAAGGGCAAGGAACAUCAACACUUGGCAGUGGCCUACAGCACUGGACGGCUAGAUGGCUCUGAAUAUGUCAUGCCAGAUGUCCCUCCAAGCUACAGUCACUACUACUCCAACCCCAGCUACCACACCCUGUCUCAGUGCUCUCCCAACCCCCCACCCCCUAACAAGGUUCCAGGCAGCCAGCUCUUUGCCAGCCUCCAGACACCUGAGAGGUCAAGCGGAGCCUAUGGGCACGACAACCUUGCCACUCUGCCCGCUGACUGGAAGCACCGCCGGGAGCCCCCUUCUGGGCCUUCGGACAGGGGUGGCAGCCUCCCAGAUCGCAGCUACAGCUAUAGCCAUGGUAAUGGCCCUGGCCCAUUCUGUAAUAAAGGGCCUAUUUCUAAAGAGGGGCUGGGGGCCAGCAUGGCUUCUCUGAGCAGUGAGAACCCCUAUGCCACCAUCCGGGACCUGCCCAGCCCACCGGGUGGUGGUGGGCUCCGAGAGAGCAGCUAUGUGGAGAUGAAAGGCCCUCCAUCAGGGUCUCCGCCCAGGCAGCCUCCUCCACUCCCAGGCAGCUCGAGGCACAGCUCGAGGCUGCAGCAGAGAGACAGUGGCACCUACGAGCAGCCCAGCCCCCUGACCCACGAUCAAGAUUCUCUGGGCCAGCCCCCCCUCCCUCCAGGCCUCCCGCCUGGCCACUACGACUCACCCAAGAACAGCCACAUCCCUGCACACUAUGACUUGCCUCCAGUACGGCACCCUCCAUCACCCCCACGUCAGCUCCAAGACCGUUGAGAAGCCAGGAUGGUGUGGCAGAGGCCAGCCCACCUGACCCUUGCUGCCCGAGGCUGAGGACAGAGCCUUGUGUACCCUGCCAGGAGCAGGGAGUGGACCGAAGGCCGUGAACAUGAGCAUAUUAAUGAAGAAAGUCAAGGGAGAGAAGGGAGCCUCCCUCCCAGGUUCCACAAGGGAAGACACUGGUUGCAGGGUGCUUGGAUCCCUUUUCCUGAACCCACUGCUCCCUGGGGCCCCCAGGGUCCUGUGUGCAUAAGCUGGUGUGUUGAACAACUCUGAUUUCAGACUGAUACUUUUGAAAUGUAUAUUGGGUACCUUGAUUGCGCAUGCCCAGGCUGGCCUGUGCAUAUCUGGCUUCAGAGGGUUAUUAGGCACAGGUCCUGCCCUCAGGCACACUGCCUUUAGCCAAGAAGUAACCUAAUUGGCUGUAGCAGUAGGUCCCCUCACUGGCCUCCUGGUAUUCCUUUGAUAAUUCCUGUUGCUGCUGCUGCUGCUAGCUCAGAAUACAGUAGGGGAGUUGGGCUGGUCCCUGCCCUCAGGUCUUCAUGUCUUCCUCCCCAUGUUCUUGGACCAGUCAAAACUUAUGAAGUUCUCCAAUGCUUGGCUGCCUGGCCCAUCUGGACCUCCAUCUUCAGCUCCUGUCACUCCACUUGUCACCCUUGGCAUCCAGUUGCUGCUAUUUGUUACUCCUCCUCCUCCACCGCUUCUACUUCU